AUGUCAUUCCUUUUUAGAAGAUCUACCGAACAACCUCGAGUAAAUGACGAAACAGAUAAAGAGGUAAAAGACGAACCAGAAGAUAAUACUAAGGAAGUAGAAGAAGAAUCGUCCGAUCUUGGAAACGAAAAACAAAAGGAACAACCUAAACCAGUUAAAAGAAGAGGGACAUUUUUCGGUAGUUUACUUGGAAAUGAUUCAAAGAAUAGUUCUUCUACAUCAAUAAACUCAUCCGUUUCCAGUGCUUCUAGUCUGAGUAAAUUACCUCCAUUGGGACCAUUGACACUAACUGGGUACAAAGAAUCGACUCAUCAUCGAUUACUAGAUCCAGAGUUGGCAAAUAAUAUAAGGAAUUUAAUCCCGGCACGAUUUCAAUUGUUUGAUAAUUGGGAGUUGGUGUAUUCGUUAGAACAACAUGGUAUAUCAUUGAACACCUUAUAUCGGAAUUCCAAUCCAGAACAUCAAUUAAGACUACUAAAAAGAAAAAGAGUAGAGAAAGGGUUUGCCGAUUCUAUAGUGAAGAAUAUGGUUGUUGGUGAUACAUCUAGACCCAGAUAUUCAUUUGAACCGAAAAGAUCACAAUCGUAUGUUUUGGUAAUUAAAGAUAAUCAUAAAAACAAAUUUGGUGCUUAUUUAAGUGAGAAUUUAAAACCAAUGGAACAUAGGAGAUAUUAUGGUAAUGGUGAAUGCUUCCUUUGGAAAUGUGAGAAAUAUGAUCCAUCUAAAUUGGAUCAUGCUGUUGAUAAAAAGUUAACUCAAGAUAUUCGAUUCAAAGCAUUUAUGUAUACUGGAAUUAAUGAUAAUAUUAUUUAUUCCAAUCAUGAUUUUAUUGCCAUUGGUUCAUCUAAUGGUCAAAAUGGAUUAUUUAUUGACAAAUCAUUAUUAUCUGGUGUCAGUUAUAGUUGUGAUACCUUUGGGAAUGAAAUAUUGAAUUCGUCACCACAAGAUGCCAAAUUUGGUUCAUUUAAAAUAAAGGGACUAGAGGUUUGGAGAAUAGGUACUUUAGAGUAA